AUGCGCCGGACUACGCACCCACCAGUAUCGGCCUCCAGCACUCCUCCGAAGCCUAGCGCCGCCGACCUACCCCCCUCCCCUCCGCUCUCCCCCAAGACCUCCUCCGCGCCGCCAGUACAGACUAGUCCCUCCCGCCGCCCUCGUCUCUCCGCCGUCGACCGCCUACUUCAUACCAUCCGCCUUCUCAAAGCUGGGCGGCUCGAGAGGGAAGAAGAGUACUUGCUCUUCCGCCUUAGCGAAGACGAAUACUCCUCCCUCCACAUUCGGCUUGAGCAGGACGACUCACUGUGGGCUUGGUACGAGGACAAAGUCCGCUGCGACUGGGAUCCUCCCGCGGAGAAAGGGAAGAGGGGACGCUACACCCUCCGCAUGCCCCCAACUGCGUUACACGAAUGGCUCAUCGCGGAUGUUGAAGACGCUGUCACGGACGGGAUCGAGCAGCUCGCCGACCGUGUGGAGAAGGAAGAUGAGAUUGUGGCGAAAGCAUUGAGGCAGGUUCGAAAGGGGAGGAGCACGACGAUGGAGUUGCAGCGGCCCGUGCUAGAGAACAGCAGUCAGGAAGAGAGCGCAGAGGAGGGGAAGAGCACGAGCAAGAGCAAGCCGCAAAGGAGUCCAGAUGCUACCUUCAUCAACCCGGAGGUGUCGCGCUGGCCAUGCGUGGUCGUUGAAGUGGCGUACAGCCAGCGCACCAAGAACUUGUCCCACCUCGCAGAGGAUUACGUCGUGGACAGUCAGCACGAGAUCCGCUGUGUGCUUGGUCUGGAUCUGGCGUAUGACAGCAAGAAGAAAAAGCCAGAUCGAGCGGAGAAGAAACAACAACCGACCGUCUCACUCUGGCGACCUGGAUUCGACGAAGAUGGAGCAGGCAUCUGCCGUACCGACAUCGACGCCGCACAGUUUCAAGACGCCACAAGCGGCGGCCUAACAUUCCACGUCUCCGAUUUUCUCCCACCUUCCACCCUGGAAUGCCUUCCCGCUACGACAACUGUAGAAGAAGAACAAGCACGCAGCUUCACCAUCACCUUCUCCGACCUUGCUGCCAUGCUUUCCAAGGCCGAAGAGAAGAUCCCGGCCAUGCCUCACACCACUCCGUCUAACACGUCAGGGAAGGGGCAGAAGUUUCGAAAGCGCAAGCGCACGCCUGAAAAAGAGGCGAGUGAUGAGAACGAGGAGGCUGCGGUGAGGAGGGCAGAGAAAGAGUUGAAAGAGGAUGGAGAGUGGAGGGCGCGGGUAAGGAGGCGGGCGGAUGUGGGCCAAGAAGCAGGGUUAGAGAGGAGGAGGAGCUUGAGGAGAAGGGUCAGUGGGAGGGCAGUGGCGGAAGGGAGCUAA